AUGUGCAUUCGUGUUCAAGAUAACGAAAACGACACAUUCGAUGAAGAUGCCUUCAAAUGUCUUCUCAUGGGGAAUCUCAAGCGCUUUCUUCGGACAGCAGCGCCAACCUUGAGGCGACUGAGUAUGAAGAACGUCAGCUUGACAGAUGCGAUAAUCGGAGCACGAGAUCCAGGCCCCCUCACAGAAGAGACGAGUAGUUGGGAUUCUUCGCUGUCUCUCGAAGUCAUCAACAAGAUCCAGGAACUCUGGAAGCGAAGCUUCGAAUUGUUGGCAGAUAGCCCCAAGCUGCGGUUUGUCCAAUUGUCUAGUCUUGGUUACCGUGGAAGAGAGAUCAUUCUGCAAGAUGACCUAUAUAUGGAACGCGGGCAGCCGGAUGCACAGCCGGAUUCAAAUGCGCGGCGUUCGAUCAACUGGUCAGAGAUCUAUUCCGAUCCCACCAGGGGUCAGUCUUCCUUGAUAGCUUUCUGUUUUGAUGCUGAGAGAGCAAAUAUAUCACUCAAAAGAUGGAUCAUGCAGCUGCGGAUGGAGAUGUGCAAUCCGGGCCUUGCAAAUACCCAACUUCCGGGGACCAGCGGCUUGAGUUUCAACCAAGACGGUGUUGCUAGGUCUAUUACGUACCAACCGGGGGACGAGCCAGACCCUAGAAGACUCGCAGAAAUGGGGGUUUUAGUCGUCUAA